AAUCUUAAUUCGUGCGUCUUCUGUCUAAAGCUUGGUGGUGACUAGUGGAUAAGGCGUUAAUUUUAAAACUCCGAGUCAAUUCAAAUUGAAUUGCGAUUUUCCCGAGAAAAUCUCGUUUCGCUUGCUGUGUGGCUGAGGAAUUUCCCGGAGGAUUUUUGAAUCCUUAUGUGAACUCUAGUUACCCAAAAUGAACCUAGCAAUUCCAAAUCCCAACUCACACCAGCUCUCCUUCCUCAUCCAGAAUUCCAGCUUCAUCGGAAACCGGAGAUUCGCCGACGGCAACCGUCUCCGUUUCCUUUCAGGUGGAAACCGUAAACCAAGCUCCGUCGCAGGUAAAAUCAAAGCAAAGACGAAAGAUCUCGUUCUGGGAAACCCCUCCGUCUCCGUGGAGAAAGGAAAGUACAGCUACGACGUCGAAUCGCUAAUUAACAAGCUGAGCAGUCUUCCACCACGCGGGAGCAUCGCCAGGUGCUUAGACAUAUUCAAGAACAAGCUUUCGCUGAACGAUUUCGCACUCGUGUUCAAAGAGUUCGCUGGUCGCGGCGACUGGCAAAGGUCGCUUCGUCUCUUUAAGUAUAUGCAACGGCAGAUAUGGUGCAAACCAAACGAGCACAUCUACACUAUUAUGAUCUCUUUGCUUGGUAGGGAAGGUCUUCUAGACAAAUGUCUUGAGGUAUUCGACGAAAUGCCUAGCCAAGGUGUGUCACGUAGUGUUUUCUCUUACACGGCUUUGAUCAAUGCUUAUGGUCGAAAUGGACGGUAUGAGACCUCUCUUGAGCUUCUUGAUAGGAUGAAGAACGAAAAGAUAUCACCUAGUAUUUUGACUUACAACACUGUGAUUAAUGCUUGUGCUAGAGGUGGUUUGGAUUGGGAGGGUUUAUUGGGUUUGUUUGCAGAAAUGAGACAUGAGGGGAUACAACCUGACAUCGUGACAUAUAAUACACUGCUUAGUGCUUGUGCUAUUAGAGGUUUAGGUGAUGAGGCUGAAAUGGUUUUUAGGACUAUGAAUGAUGGUGGGAUAGUUCCGGAUCUAACCACAUAUAGUCAUCUAGUUGAGACAUUUGGGAAGUUAGGCCGGCUGGGAAAAGUGUCUGAUCUCCUGAGUGAGAUGGCUUCCGGGGGCAGUUUACCGGAUAUCACUUCUUAUAAUGUGUUGUUAGAGGCAUAUGCUAAAUCCGGGUCUAUUAAGGAGGCAAUGGGGGUCUUCCAUCAGAUGCAGGCUGCAGGGUGCACGCCGAACGCAAAUACAUAUAGUGUUUUGCUGAAUUUGUUUGGACAGAGUGGGAGGUAUGAUGAUGUUCGGCAGCUUUUUCUUGAGAUGAAAUCAAGCAAUACAGAUCCUGAUGCUGCUACAUACAACAUUUUGAUAGAGGUUUUUGGGGAAGGUGGGUAUUUCAAGGAGGUGGUAACUUUGUUCCAUGACAUGGUGGAUGAGAAUAUUGAACCUGACAUGGAGACAUAUGAGGGUAUAAUAUUUGCUUGUGGGAAGGGAGGACUCCACGAAGAUGCUAGGAAGAUUUUACAAUAUAUGACAGCUAACGAUAUCGUGCCAAGUUCCAAGGCGUACACUGGGGUCAUUGAAGCGUUUGGGCAGGCUGCUUUAUAUGAAGAAGCACUUGUUGCUUUUAACACCAUGCAUGAAGUAGGAAGCAAUCCAAGUAUUGAAACAUACCACUCACUGUUAUAUUCUUUUGCAAGGGGAGGACUGGUCAAGGAGUCUGAGGCGAUUUUGUCUAGGUUGGUGGAUUCUGGUAUUCCCAGGAAUAGAGAUACGUUCAAUGCACAAAUAGAAGCCUACAAGCAAGGAGGCAAAUUUGAAGAGGCUGUGAAGACAUAUGUAGAUAUGGAGAAGUCAAGAUGCGAUCCUGAUGAAAGGACGCUUGAGGCUGUUUUAAGUGUGUAUUCUUUUGCGCGACUUGUCGAUGAGUGCAGGGAGCAGUUUGAGGAGAUGAAAGCUUCUGAUAUACUGCCCAGUAUCAUGUGCUACUGUAUGAUGCUAGCUGUGUAUGGAAAGGCGGAGAGGUGGGACAAUGUCAAUGAGUUACUGGAGGAGAUGCUUUCAAAUAGAGUGUCAAAUAUUCAUCAAGUUAUUGGGCAAAUGAUCAAGGGAGAUUAUGAUGAUGACUCAAAUUGGCAGAUAGUGGAAUAUGUGUUGGACAAACUCAAUUCAGAAGGAUGUGGUUUGGGAAUAAGGUUUUACAAUGCACUUCUGGAUGCUUUGUGGUGGCUGGGCCAGAAAGAGCGAGCUGCAAGGGUACUCAAUGAGGCAACAAAACGUGGACUUUUCCCUGAGUUAUUCCGGAAAAACAAACUUGUGUGGUCUGUUGAUGUACAUAGGAUGUCAGAGGGUGGCAUGUACACGGCACUAUCAGUUUGGCUAAAUGAUAUAAAUGAUAUGCUUUUAACGGGAGAGGAUCUUCCUCAACUAGCUGUUGUUGUUUCAGUACGGGGACAAUUGGAGAAAAGCUCUGCUGCAAGAGAAUCUCCUAUCACGAAAGCUGCUUUCUCCUUCUUGCAGGAUCAUGUCUCGUCAUCAUUUUCCUUCACGGGAUGGAAUGGAGGUCGCAUUAUGUGCCAGAGAUCUCAGCUCAAGCAGUUACUGUCAACAAAAGAACCAACUUCAGAAGAGUCCCAAAAUAAAAACCUAGUCGCUUUAGCAAACUCGCCAAUAUUUGCUGCUGGAACAAGAGCUUCAACAAGCAAUGACACGAACCACAGCGGUAACCCUACACAACGAAGAAACAGGGUGAAAAAAGAACUAGCAGGGAGCACAGCUUAAUCGGUACGCCUAAUUUCUGUUACCAAGUCCAGCAAUCAAAGGCCUCUUCUGUCUUCCUCCAUAUAGACUGGUUGGUGAAAAACUGUGCGCUUAUGGUUGUAUCACUUAAUCACUAGCACUGUCCAUGAUAACUAUGUUAUGGUGUCAAGCGGUAGUGUCAAUCUCUGUUUGACAGAAGAAGCUGGAGAAGAAGAUAAAUGGUGAUCUUAGUU